CACAAGUCGACACGCCCAUUUCAACCUUUUUUUUAGCCUUUAUACCUUCUGAAUUCUACACACACACACACACACACACACACACUAGCAUUACUCCUUAACACAUUUCAUGCUUUAAGUUUCUUCAGGCACGAAAAUGGGACUUGGCGGUAUUUUACUAUUAGUCAUGAGCAUAUGGCGGCCGCGACACGGCAGCAGCCACCAGGGCAGCGGCAUGGGCGGUUGCUUCCGCUAUCAUCACUCGACGGUUGGGAUAUUCUCUGGCUACACAGUUGCCGGCACAGCCAUCAUAGCGCUCUCCUCGACGGUGCUGGCCGGGAUCCGGCGUGCCACAGGCCUGACACUGCGGCGGCAGCUCUGCUGGCCAGCCAUCAACGUGCAGUCGGGGGAGCGCUGGCUGGCAUGGUGUAAUGCGCGCAUAGCACAGAUCAACGAAGAGGCAGAGCGCCAUGUAACGAAAACCGUGGCUAAGUUCGGCUCAGAUAUCGAAGACCCGAUGAUCCGCGAGCUAUGGGAGAGGCAGCUGCGAGCAGACCUUAAGGAGCGCGUAAAGCGCAUGCACUCGCGCAUUCGGUGCGUCGAGGAGAUGGUUGAGCAGGCGAGGGAGGUAGAGCGGAAUCCGAGUAAGCGGAAGAAGAUGCAUCCGCCGCUGCUGGCUGCGUACCUGUGGGUAGGCGAGAGAAUCUUUGACUGGCUGGUCUCAUGGAUGAAGCGCAAUCCGCAUUUCUGUGUAGACUCGGGCUUUGUGACGGGCCAGGAAGCCGCAGAACCAGCGGCCCUAACACUGUUUGAUGAUGCUGUGCCAAAUAUUGAUGAUGCAGAGAUGUCGGUGGCGGCUGGCGGUCUGGCCCCGGCUAGUAUGCCUAUGAUAGGAUCGCUAAGUGCGCAGGAACAUCAUGAGGUGUGGUAUGGACGCGGGAGAUCCCCUCCUGAUGAUAUCCCAGAGCCCAGCGCACCUCAGCUCAACGAGAAAGACACGUCUGCUAGCAAUGCUGUUGCUGCUACGAGCUCGUCAGCACAUAUCAACCAGGCACACGCCUCGGUCAAUGCACGGUAUUCUCGACCAGUGCGGUCCAUGUACGCGCAGGAUGUGGAGCCUUGCGAGCCGCCCCCAUAUACGCCCGUCGAGAACGACGAGCCAGAGCUGGUGUUUAUGAACUAACGAUUGUUUCUACCGAAUGUAUGGAGUGUGUAUUUUGCCAUGUAAUAAAUCAGGGUCUUGAAUAAAAAGGUAUAAAUAAAAAGUCAGUGGCU